AUGGCAGGCUCCUCGCACAACAUCUGCCCAAACAGUCUAGCUCUACAGUCAGAUGACAAUGCCUGGGAAUCUGGCUACGCAGACGUUCCCUGGUCCAACCCAUCUCACUACUCCACCUCCUCCGGGAUUGCGGUCGCACACCACUGGGACCCACGAGAUACCCAAGUGAUUACGAAUAUGCCUCCUGCCGCAAAAUCCCCCAGUUCCAACUCCAUGAUAACCCCUCCCAUGACCCAGUACCACACGAGCUGCCUACCCUGGUCGAUCGCCAGCCCCUGCAACUACAUCCUGCCCGAUGCGCAGAACACGACCCGAGUUUCGAAUCCUGCUUUAGGUACCCCGAUGACCAACACCUCGUCCCUGCACUCCUCUCCGGAGGAGUCCCCCGACUCCACGACCUGCGAACAUACAUGCGAACACGGACUUACGCCACAUCCAAAACGCCAAGCCCUUGGUGUCGAGUACGUUUAG